ACAUGUCAAACACAUUUCACAUUUCCCUCGCCCGCUCUCACUCCUCAACUCCUCCCGCCCUUACACUCUCUCUCUUUCAUCCCCACCACCGUCAAUCUCCGGCAGCUUCUCCACCCGACACCAUCUCUUCCUCCGCAAAUUCAUCUUCUCCACUGAACCUCUACCUUCACUCCCCCGUUCCAAGUCGCCAGUUCCCCGCUCUCCCUGCUCAACCGCGCGCGAAAAUUUCCACUGCAAAAUCCACACACUCACACGUACAGCACCGGCAAAAAACAGUACACAGCAGGGAUUUUGCCUCACACCGAAGUGAUUCUCGCUGUUCCGCGUCUUCUGUUCCGUUUGAGUUCCAUGUGCUGAUCAAUGCAGUAACUGCUACCUCGAAACCCUAAAUCAGGCGAACUGUGAACUUUUACUGCAGGAGAUACAGUUAUUUGGUCAGUUGGCUGGGAAUCAUAAUCAUGUACAUAAAGCAGAUUAUUAUUGAAGGGUUUAAGAGCUACCGGGAACAAGUAGCUACUGAACCAUUCAGUCCACAAGUUAACUGCGUUGUUGGUGCUAAUGGAUCUGGCAAAUCUAACUUUUUCCAUGCUAUACGUUUUGUCAUAAGUGACCUCUUUCAUAACUUGCGCAGUGAAGAAAGACAUGCUUUGCUUCAUGAAGGUGCAGGCCACCAAGUAUUAUCUGCUUUUGUGGAGAUUGUAUUUGACAAUUCAGACAACCGAAUCCCGGUUGAUAAGGAAGAAGUGCGUUUGAGAAGAACAGUUGGUCUUAAGAAAGAUGAGUAUUUCUUAGAUGGAAAACAUAUCACGAAGACUGAGGUCAUGAAUUUACUGGAAAGUGCUGGAUUCUCUCGUUCUAAUCCGUACUAUGUUGUGCAGCAGGGGAAGAUAGCAUCUCUGACAUUGAUGAAAGAUUCAGAGCGACUUGAUCUGCUGAAAGAAAUUGGUGGUACACGAGUUUAUGAAGAGAGACGCCGUGAAAGUCUGAAGAUUAUGCAAGAAACUGGUAAUAAGAGAAAGCAAAUAAUUCAAGUUGUGCAAUACUUGGAUGAAAGGUUAAGAGAGCUGGAUGAAGAAAAAGAGGAACUUAAAAAAUAUCAGCAGCUUGACAAACAGAGGAAAUCUCUGGAGUACAGUAUCUUUGACAAAGAACUUAAUGAUGCAAGGCAGAAAUUAGCUGAGGUUGAUGAGGCUCGAAAUCAAAUUUCUGAAACCUCUACAAAGGCAUAUGAACAAGUAUUGGCAGCACAUGAAAGGUCUAAGGAAUUUGAGAAGUUGUCCAAAGAUCUGACAAAGGAAAUUCAAAUUUUAAGCAGGGAAAAAGAGGCUAUAGAGAAACAGCGGACGGAAGCUAUCAAGAAGCAUACCAAGCUAGAGCUAGACGAGAAAGACCUUCGUGAGAAGAUCAAUGCGAAUUCCAAAGCCAAGGAGGAAGCAAUGAAACAACUUCACCUUUUAGAGAGGGAGAUUCAGGAGUCAACGGAUGAACUGAAUAAUAUUAAGCCUUUGUAUGAGGAAAAAGUCCAAAAGGAGGAUGAGAUAACAAAGAGCAUCAUGGAACGUGAAAAGCAGCUUAGCAUUCUUUAUCAAAAACAAGGUCGUGCUACACAAUUUGCUAAUAAAGCUGCUCGUGACAAAUGGCUUCGGAAGGAAAUUGAUGAGUAUGAACGAAUUUUGUCUUCAAAUCAAAUGCAGGAGAGUAAACUAAGGGAUGAAAUUAAUCAGCUAAAGAAAGAUCUGGAGAUUCAGGAUGAUAUUAUCAGGCAUCGCAAAAAUGAAGCAGCAGAAAGGGAAAAUCUCAUAUCUGGUUAUCGACGAGGUUACAAUGAUUAUAAACGACAGAGAGAUGAGAUGCAUGAUGAACGGAAGUCUUUGUGGGCAAGAGAGAGUGAGCUUAGUGCUGAAAUUGCACGACUCAGACAAGAAGUUGGGAAAGCAGAGAAAAGUCUGGAUCAGGCAACUCCUGGAGAUAUUAGAAGGGGAUUGAGCUCAGUUAAGAGGAUAUGCAAUGAGCAUCAAAUUCCAGGGGUAUUUGGUCCGAUAUUUGAGUUGCUUGAGUGUGAAGAUAGGUUCUUCACUGCUGUUGAAGUUACUGCUGGAAACAGCUUAUUUCAUGUUGUGGUUGAGAAUGAUGAUAUAUCAACUCAAAUUAUUAGACAUCUAAAUGCACAGAAAGGUGGCCGAGUCACAUUUAUUCCACUGAACAGGGUGAAGGCUCCACAAAUUUCGUAUCCACAGAAUAAUGACGUGGUUCCGCUUUUAAAGAAAUUGAAGUUCUCCAACAGAUUUUCCAAAGCAUUUGAACAGGUGUUUGCUAGAACUGUAAUUUGCCGGGAUUUGGAUGUUGCAACAAGAGUUGCCCGCACAGAUGGUCUUGACUGCAUUACUUUGGAAGGUGACCAAGUGAGCAAAAAAGGUGGCAUGACUGGUGGGUUUUAUGAUUAUAGACGCUCAAAACUGAGGUUUAUGAGCACUGUUAGGCUUAACACAAUUUCUAUCAGCGAAAAGCAAAAUGAAUUGGAGCAAGUUAGACAAAUGCUUCAAGAGAUAGACCAGAAAAUUAAUGAACUUGUUGCUGAACAACAGAAAAAUGAUGCUAAGUUGGCUCAUGACAAAUCUGAGCUAGAACAGUUUAGGCAGGAUAUUGCAAAUGCUGAGAGACAGAAACUUUCCAUUUCUAAAGCUCUUGAGAAAAAGGAGAAAUUGCUGGCCAAUGUUUUGACACAAAUUGAUCAGGUUAGAUCUAGUAUAGCCAUGAAACAUGAAGAGAUGGGGACAGACCUUGUUGAUCACCUGACACCAGAAGAGAGAGAUUCUUUGUCGCGUCUGAACCCUGAAAUAACAAAUCUGAAAGAGAGGCUAAUAGCAUACAAGGCAAAUCGCAUAGAGAUUGAAACUAGAAAAGCAGAGCUAGAGAUGAACUUAUCUACAAAUCUUGUAAGACGGAAGCAAGAGCUAGAGGCAAUAAAAGUGUCUGUAGAUACUGAUGUGUUAAGUUCUGAAGCUGAAUUAAAGGGGCAGGAAGUAGUGGAGGCCCAUAUAUUAGUUGAAAACUUGACCCAACAGCUUACAAGAGUUUCUGAAAGCAUAAAUGAUAGAAGCAAGAAGCUCAAGCAGAUCAAAGAAGAAAAAGACAACUUGAAGGCUAUGGAAGACAAUUACCAGGGUACCCUUCAGGAUGAGAAGAGAGAAUUGGAGCAACUCUUAAAUAAAAGGAACACCUAUCUUGCAAAACAAGAUGAGUAUUCGAAGAAGAUUCGAGAAUUGGGUCCAUUAUCAUCCGAUGCCUUUGAAACGUAUAAACGAAAGAGUGUAAAAGAGUUGUACAAAUUGUUGCACAAGUGUAGUGAGCAGCUGCAACAGUUCAGCCAUGUGAACAAGAAAGCACUUGAUCAAUAUGUAAAUUUCACUGAACAACGAGAAGAACUCCAGAGAAGGCAAGCUGAACUAGAUGCUGGUGAUGAGAAAAUUAAAGAACUUAUAUCAGUUCUCGAUAUGAGGAAGGAUGAGUCAAUUGAACGUACUUUCAAGGGUGUGGCGAAGCAUUUUCGUGAAGUCUUUUCUGAACUUGUGCAAGGUGGCCAUGGGUUUUUAGUUAUGAUGAAGAAAAAGGAUGGCGAGGAAGAUGACGACGAUGAUGAUGAUGUGCCACGUGCAGCUGAGGUGGAGGGAAGGGUUGAGAAAUAUAUUGGUGUUAAAGUGAAGGUUUCAUUUACUGGACAAGGAGAAACACAGUCAAUGAAGCAGUUAUCUGGAGGUCAAAAAACAGUUGUAGCACUAGCUCUGAUCUUUGCCAUCCAGCGUUGUGAUCCUGCCCCGUUCUAUCUUUUCGAUGAAAUUGACGCGGCACUGGAUCCUCAAUACAGAACUGCUGUUGGAAGUAUGGUCCGUCGUUUGGCAGAUAUGACAAGCACACAAUUUAUAACGACCACAUUUCGGCAAGAGCUUGUUAAAGUUGCUGACAAGAUAUACGGAGUGACACACAAAAACAGAGUCAGCCGAGUUAACAUUGUCACAAAAGAAGAAGCUUUAGCUUUCAUUGAGCACGACCAAUCCCACAAUGCUGAAUGAGGGAGUUCAUGAUGCUAGGCUAAGGUUUUUAUUGCGGUUCGAAUAGGUUUCCAUCCUCCUGUGUUUCUUGUGUUAAGGCCUUGGUAUAGUAGCGUAAUAAUACUAUUAAUGUGUAGAUGUAUGGUAUAAUGGUAUAAUACUCUGUUAACAUGUAGGUGACAUUUGAUGUAGUUGCCCCUAUUCAUUACAUAUGCUUCAAGACAAGUCUAAUCUAAUAAGUGGUAGUAUAUCGAGUCAAGCAAAUUAUACUGUGGAUCAUGGUUUACAUUAUAGUAUAGAUUGCUUCAUUUUUAA